UCAUGGAUUAUUAGAAGUGAAAAUAAUUAUUUUCAGCAAAGUGACAAAGCCCCCAAAAAAAUUAACAAUUUGAAAGUGCAUGGGUUUUAUGAAUUUGGCUUAUAAACAUGAUAUUUGGUGCCGCCUUUAUGCUAUAUGCAUUUUAAUUUGUAACAUGACAGAAAUUCAAAUCAUCUGAGUUUUCAGAAAUGUAAACAUAAAAUGAGAUCUCCCUUGGAACACAGUGUUUAUUAAUAGGUUGGUUGGCCUUUAGUAUUCAGUUCAGUCCAACUACACAGGUCAUCAUUUUAGCCCAGACCCAUUCCACUGAAGAGAGGGGGGGUGCACGAAAGCCUCAGUAGACUAGUGGAAUGUCAAUGGCAUUAUUGUCAGUGGUACUGUGGCACUGAGUCAUAACGUGUGUUUGCAGCCAUUUGUCGAGGCAGAGAGCGAAGUUCCCAAUAUUCUGUGGUAAUGUUUAACAGACUUUUGGGAUGAUAUGGUGCCCCACCACCACACUAGAGGAGAUAGCAGCAGACUUGUCAGUAGUUUUCCUCAGCUCACAGCCUGUUGUGCAGCACCUGUCAGAAAUUCACACUGAGCUCAACAUUUUCUCUGUCUGCUGAGCUUAGAGCAAUGGCUUAACUGUUCUCUGAGCAGUAUGAGCAACCUCAUCUCCUUGAUACUUCUGGCCUAUGUGAUUCAAGUGGUGGAGUCCUUGAUGGAGUUAAAGCCCAGAACCAUUACAGUGCUGCGAGGUGACUCGGCCCGGCUAACUUGCAGCACCACUGAGCAGUGGGAGGUGAUGGUGUGGCUCCUCAACGGUAGUGCAGUGUUGACAAUAUCAUUCCAGUUCGGUAUGCUCUCCAACAACCCCAACAUGACUGCAGUGAAUUGCUCCACCAAUCAGCUUUCCUCCUGGGAAUUUUUCCUGAUAAGUGCCCAGCGCAGCCACCAGGGACAGGUGACCUGUGAUCUCCAAAAUAUCCACAGGGAAACUGCUAAUCUAUUCAUUCAAGAAAGGGGUAACGUGGCCAUCACAGGUGGAAACCAGACUGCAAUGAGGGGGGAGGAAGUCCUAUUUCAGUGCCUAGCUGUAGGCUGGUACCCAGCACCCAGUCUGACUUGGCUGGUGAAUGGCAGAGAGGUGGACCAGGGUCAGUACAGCAUCAGUACUGAACAACCUUUUGAUGUGGAUGGGUUCUAUAACCUGCACAGUAACCUCAGCAUCCAGGCUGCAGUAAGUUGUCAUGUGGAGUGCCUUGCCACGGUGUCUGCCCUUCCCACGCCCCAGGCCAGCAGUGUGCGUCUGACUGUGGUUGCAGAGGUGGAGAAUGUAUGCAACAACAGCAUUGCUCUAAUCGCGGGAACAGCGUCAUUGUCCGCCAUUCUUCUGCUUAUGCUGCUGAGUGUCUGCAUUGCCCUCUGUUACAAACAAAGGAGAAAAGCAAAAUCAAGUAAACACAUGACAAGACGGAUAGAUGAAUCAGAAAGAGAGAGAAGCUCUGUUGCUGAGGCGACACAAGGGAAGGUCAACUUGGGAUACACCACAGAGGGCUACUCAGGCCCUGAAUGGGGUGACCUCAUUGUCACUUCAGGAGCCCACUGCCAGACAGGUUCCAUCAGUGCUCACAAGAUCCCUGAUGUUGUCUCUUCCAGUAACAGUAAUUCUCCAACUGAACACAAUGGACAUGGCUUCAAGAAUAUAAGAAGAGUGACAACAGUGUAAUCAUGAUAUGGGUUCAAAAAUAAUAUUUGGUCGAUGUUGCUAUUACAUAUAUGUUUCACUGCCGAUGAUCAUAAACAGGGUAAACAGGAUAUUUUCCUGUUUUAAUUUUUGUUAAUAUUCAAUGCUUUUUCAUUUUGAAGAUGCGUGCCUCUAUUAUUGCAGCCCUACUGCCUGCCUGUUCAACUAGUCACUAGUAACUUCUCACAAAAAUUCCCCCAAGAUCAGAGAAGGACUGUCAACCACAAUUUUGUGAGUUGACCCACAAUUUUGACCCCAAAUGAUUUCUCUUUGCAGUGCAGUCAGGCUUCAGAGCUGGUCAUAAGGUUUACAUUAGCAACACUGAAGAUCCUACAUCACAUAAUAUUUGCUAUAAUCAACAGUCACUGUGUGGCUAUUUUUAUUGAUCUGGCUAAAGCCUGGUUUCCAGAACUGGUUUCAUGUUUUGCAACACUAUAGCAAAUGACUAUCUUACCCAUCCUGGACAUGGGCAAUGAAAUUCACAGUCUCGCAUCUAACAGUCACCUCAACAAAUUACAUGUUGUUUGCCAAAACAACAUGCCUCUGUCACCAUUGCCAGCUACAACACUCAUCACCAAUAUCUUCAUACACCUGACAGUCCAACAGAAAUCGGUGCUCUGGUGCACAUACCUCACACUGGUUUUUCAUAAAUCCUAUUUCUUUCAGUUCUCUGCUGCAAAUCCCUUGAACAAAUUAAAAGGACUCAUUGUCUAGUCUGGGUCUAAAACAAUCUAGGUCAAUGGAGAACUCCAUUCAGCAUUAUUUUUAGUCCUACACUAGACUUAGUGUCCAGAAACUGGCCUUUAACAUGAAAUGCUGUGUAAUGGCAUGCGGCAGGUGUUAAAACAACACAAAAUGGAUGCUAACAGGCAGUCUAAGUAGGUUUGUUAUCUUAUUGCCGGACUGUGUAAGCGGAGCCGGCCUAGAAGAGUGAAUGUCUCUUACUGAGUCCGUGACUGACUGGCUGACUGACUGACUGGCUGGCUGGCUGAACGACCAACCCUUGUUAAAUAGCGUAGUGGUUAGAUACGCGGACUCUGGAGCAAAAGGUCCUGCAUUCGCUUCCCGUAACAGUCAAAACGCAUUAUACUUGAGGUACAGGACAGAAAACACUUAGCUGGCUACCACUUAAUGUAGCUACGUAAAAGGAAGCCUGAAAUAAAACAGUUCUGGUGGAUAUAAGGAUUUGUUCAGGAUAGACUAACACUUCACAGGCUUUGCCUGGUUUCUUUUUAUUACAGGUGUUUAAACUGGUUUAAUAACAACAUUGAAAAAAUGAAAAGUGGGUGUAGUUAAAAAAAAUAACAUGGUUUACAGAACAGUCCAAGUUACAUUGGGUUUUUAGUGCCAGGCACUUUCCAUUACAGAAAUUAUCAAUUAGCUUCAUUGGUCAAUUCACUGAUUGACUAACUUCAAUCCACCUACUUUUCCAAAUCAAUUCCAUCAACAUCUUGCAUAACCUGCUGCUCACAUAAUUGUCCCUGAAGUAAUUUACCCUUCUGAGACAAGAAAAUAUGCUGCACACCCCAGACAGCACAAGUAGGACAGGUGAAUACACAGUCAAACAUAUAGCUACAGGACUACAGAAAACCAAGAAUCAAGAUUAAACUUUUUAAAUGCAUUUAAUCAAGCAUUGUUUGAAAAUAACCAGCCAUGUUUAUUGGUUAAAAAUGUCCUAUUAACACUCUAAAAAUAAGUUUAUUUGAGGAUCACUUAGGUUGAAUAAUACUGCAAUGUUAAGUGUCCACAAAUGCAUACUCUUAAAGAAAACAGAAUUGCAAAAUCCAUGUGUAUAUUAUAGUUUUUUCACUAAUAUACAUCCAUAUCCACUGUCUAUAGUCAGUGAUAUGAAUUAAGAAACCCAAUAGCCUGAACCCCACUCAGUCAUGGGCUCAUCAUUCAGAGCCGUUGUGUAAGCCGAUAGCUGUGUUAAUCAUCCUGUCAACAGCUGAAUGUUCCACUCACCCUCAUCAAAAAAAGUUUUUAGGUUUUACAUUGUCAUACAUAACAAGGAGCACAUGGGCCCAUUUUGUGUUACGUAGUGGUAUGGCUCUUACAAUAUAAAAAAAAAAAAAAAAUUUAAUUAUUAUAAUAAUCACAUUGGAAUGUUCAGGCAUCCAUUAGCCUUCUCCAAUGUGGGUGUAUUUGCCACAAUAGAUAAACAUACAAAUUCAAAGUAAGCAUGUAUUUUCCAAGAAACAUUAACAUUUCUCGGUUUCAACAUGUUGUCUUGGUACUAUUUUCUA